AUGCCUCCAAGAAAGAAACUGAAUUCAUCUACAGUCAAGAAAUCACAAUCUUUAUCUUCUCCUCAGAUUCAGCCUACUAAGUUUGGCAUCCAACAUUUCUUCGAACGCCAUACUCAAAACUCUAAGAACGUUGCCGUUUCUUCAACCCCGCUAAACCCUCAUCCCCAUUUCCUCAAUUCUAACCCUAAAAAUGCUUCACAUUCUCUUUCUACCCAAAAUCCCCCUGAUUUAUCCCUCCACAAUACACCUCCUGACGAUAUGGUUUCUCCUGAAAUUUCCAAAUCUCUCCCUCUCAAGCGCUUCAAGUUCUCUCCCGGGAUGUUGAUAAAGCAAAGCCAGGAUGACGGAGGUGACGAAAUUACUUGGAAGAUAUCUCCUGUCAAUGAAAAGCUCCAAUCAAGAGUAGUGUCCAAUUCUUCGAGGCUCAACUCUUCAAUUAUUCGUCAAUGCUGUUUAAAUCAGGCAUCUGGUAAGGUUGAGAAGUGGAUUUCUUCACCCACACAAAACUCUACUGAAACAUCUUUGGUUUGUACAAAUAAGUCUGCCCUGAAAAGGUUAAACCCUGAUCAGGAUGCUCUUCUCCAUGGGAGUGCAACUAAUGCCAAUACUACUCUAUCAUCUAGUCAGCAUAGUCCAUUCAGAACUCCUCCGUCUCUGUCAUUUCCCCAUGAUAAGCUACCCAAUGGUGCUGUGUGCAACGGAGCAUCUGAUCACCUGGGCUUCAAGCAGCACAAAAAGGCAUUGCUUGAACUUUUGGAUCAAGUAGAAGAUGCCAUUUUUGUUGAGGAUUCUGUAGCUGGUGUCGUGGAGGCGUAUCCAUCCAAAUUUGAAGAUAAAAAAAGUGAUAAUAUGUUUAUCAAAGCUGAUCCCCCUGCUAAAAGAGUGACAAUAGAUCCACCGGAAAAGGUCAACGGGACACCUUCUAAUUGCUAUUUCCUUGUAUUGGAGGUAUCCGAGAAGUGUAGGCCUUCUGACUCCUUCGGUUCUAAAUGCCCAUAUAAGGUUCUUCGCUUAUUAAAUGAGCAAAGUGGAGAAGAGCGGGCUGUGUAUUUGUGGGAAGAAUGGUUUUACAGUGUAAUUGCUCCUGGAGAUACUGUAAAUGUUGUUGGUGAAUUUGAUGACCAGGGAAAGUGUGACGUGGAUCGUGACAGUAAUCUUGUAAUUGUUCACCCUGAUAUUCUGGUCUCUGGAACUAGGGUCGCUGCAAGUUUUAAUUGCCCAAGGCGAACUGUUCUAGAUGAGAGGCUAAAAUGUAGUGAGCAAUCAACUGCAGCAUUAAUUGGUACCUUGCUGCACCAAAUUUUCCAGGCUGGACUUAUGACAGAGAUUCCUACAAUAAACUUUUUGGAGGAAUAUGCUGGAGUAGUCCUCCAGAAGAACAUUGAGAGUUUGUAUGCAUGUGGAGUAAAUGAAAUCGAUAUUCACAAAACCUUGAUUGAGGCUAUUCCAAAAAUUUUGAAUUGGAUCAUUCUCUUCAAAGGUACAAAGGACUCCAAAGUCCCUAUUGUGGAUUUUGGAUCUGAUGGUGGGCAUAAAAAGGUCAAACUAUCUGAGGUUAUGGAUAUCGAGGAGAUGGCAUGGGCCCCGAAAUAUGGUUUGAAAGGGAUGAUUGAUGCUUCAAUAAGAGUAGAAACUGAAUCAAACAGAGAUGAAACUGAUGAGAUGAUUGUGCCUUUAGAGUUUAAGACUGGAAAAAUACCCAAUGGUCAGUCAUCUAUGGAACACUGUGCUCAAGUGAUUUUAUACACUCUCCUUAUGUCUGAGAGGUACCUGAAGCAUAUUGAUCAUGGCCUUCUCUAUUAUCUCCAGUCAAAUCAGACUCAGGGAAUAAAAGUUCGAAGAUCUGACUUGGUUGGGCUAAUCAUGCGUCGUAAUGAAUUGGCAAACGAUAUUCUUAAGGCAUCAACAACACAACAACUGCCGCCACUGUUACGGAGUCCAAGCAUGUGCAAGGGCUGUCGCCAUCUUAAUGUUUGUACCAUCUAUCAUAAGGCACAUGGUGGCAACACUGAAAGUAGUGGGUUGGGUGACAUGUUUGAUUCACAUAUUCACCAUCUUACAACUGCUCAUUGUGUUUUCCUUCGUCAUUGGGAUCGAUUAAUCGACUUAGAAGCUAAAGAGAUGCAGCUUGUAAAGAAUGAAAUCUGGCGAUCACGUGGUUUGAGGGGUGACCCCUUAACAAGUUGCCUUACUUCUAUUGUUCUUGACACUUCCAAAGAACUUUUACAUCAUAAGUCUUAUAAGGACGACCGAUUUGUCUACCGUUUUGUGCACCAAGAUAUACCUUCUCGCAGUUUGAAUGCCUCUGACGGAGAAUCUUUGAGUGUUGUGGCUUCGCCAGCAAAUGUUUUGGAUUGCACACUUAGAAGUGGAGACUAUGUGAUGCUUAGCACCAAAACCGGCCAUCUUACUGUUGCUAGUGGGUUCAUAACAGAUAUCAGUCGCUCCCAUGUUUCUGUUUCCCUUUCCAAGCGCUUACGGCUACCUGGGAGCGAUGCUGCUUCAGAGGCCCAGGAUCUGUUUCAGGAGGUUUGGCGAAUUGACAAAGAUGAAGUGAUGACGUCAUUUUCAGUUAUGAGGUUCAACCUGGUACAACUUUUUCAGCAAAGUGCAGAAAGUUCUCAGCUUAGGAAGAUGAUUGUUGACCUUGAGGCUCCUAGAUUUGACAGUGGAUGUAUAUUCAGUCAAGAUCCUGCUAUAUCGUAUAUCUGGUCAGAGAAGAAUUUAAAUGAUGAUCAGCGUCGAGCUAUUCUCAAGAUUCUCACCACAAAAGAUUAUGCCCUAAUUCUAGGAAUGCCGGGAACGGGCAAGACAUCUACCAUGGUUCAUGCUGUUAAAGCUUUGUUGAUGAGAGGUUCAUCUAUUUUGCUAACGUCUUACACAAACUCCGCUGUGGACAAUUUACUAAUCAAGUUAAAAGCACAGAAUAUUGAUUUUGUACGCAUUGGGAGACAUGAAGCUGUGCAUGAGGAUAUACGGGGGCAUUGUUUUUCAGCAAUGAAAAUAAAAAGUGUUGAAGAGAUCAAAGUGAGAUUAGACCAAGUCAAAGUUGUUGCAGUUACUUGUUUGGGAAUUACUAACCCCUUGCUCAUCAACAAGAGAUUUGAUGUAUGCAUCAUGGAUGAAGCUGGACAGACUACCCUUCCUGUAUCCUUGGGACCUUUAAUGUUUGCUUCAAAGUUUGUCCUUGUUGGUGAUCAUUAUCAACUGCCUCCCCUGGUCCAGAGUAUGGAAGCUCAAGAGAAUGGAAUGGACAUAAGUUUGUUUCGCAGGCUCUCAGAAGCACAUCCUCAGGCAAUUUCAGCAUUGCAAAGCCAGUACCGUAUGUGCCAAGGCAUUAUGGAACUAUCAAACGCCUUAAUAUAUGGUGAUAGAUUGCGUUGUGGUUCACCUGAAAUAGCUGAUGCCAAAAUUGAAGUUUCAAAUUUGAAGUCUUGUUCAUCAUGGCUAAAGGAGGUUUUGAAUCCAAACAGACCUGUAAUAUUUAUUAAUUCAGAUAUGUUGGCUGCUUUUGAGAGAAAAGUUAACAAGACUUUGAAUAAUCCAAUUGAAGCUUGCAUAAUUGCAAAGAUCACAGAGGAACUUGUUAACAAGGGUAUUGAAGGCAAAGAUAUUGGGAUCAUUACCCCUUAUAAUUCGCAGGCCAAUCUCAUCCGCCAUACUGUUUGUGUACCCUCAGUGGAGGUUCAUACCAUUGACAAGUACCAGGGAAGAGAUAAAGAGUGCAUAUUGGUGUCAUUCGUAAGGUGUAGUGAGAAUCCGAGGAACUCUACUUCUUCACUGCUUGGAGACUGGCAUAGGAUUAAUGUGGCACUCACUCGUGCUAAGAAAAAGUUGAUAAUGGUAGGCUCACGCACCACUCUUUCAAAGGUUCCUCUGCUCAAACUUCUGAUUAACAAGGUUGAACAACAGUCAGGCAUUUUGAGUGUCUCCAAAUUGGAUAUCAACCACUUUGGAGACCUCAACAGAUGCUCUCACUCUCAUAUCACAUCAUUGUAACUAUUCUAAUAAUUUUAGGCUAAAGUUUGGUAG